AUGGCAAAUAAAAUUUCCAUAGAAUUAUUGAUGAUGAUUUUAAAUAAUGUUCAAUCACCUCGUUCAACUCAAGAUUUAUUUUCAUCGUUAUUAGUUAAUCGAAUCUGGUGUAGAGUUACUAUACCUAUACUUUGGGAAUUACCUUUUGGUCAAGAAUGUACUAUGGACGAUACGAAAUUAAGGAAACGAGCAUUAUGUAUUCGAACUUAUAUAUCAUGUAUGGAUACUCAAGCUAGAACUUUACUUACUCAAAAUGGAUAUGAUUUAUCAUCGUCACCUCCGCAAGCCGCUUUUGAUUAUCCAUCAUUCGCUCAUAAAUUUGGAACUGAUAAUUUAAUUUAUUUUAUUUCCGUAUAUUCGCAACAAAUUAUUGGUUCAGAUCAAGAUAAUGACAAUGAUGAUUAUAAUAACAAAUCGAGAAUAUUAUUUCGUGAGAUAUGUAAAUUAAUAUUAAAUCGUUGUUCAUUUCUGGAUUAUUUUAAAUUGGCGGGAGUUUCCAAAAUUUUUUUUAGAAAUUUUAGUAAUUAUAGUGAUUUAAUUGGUUUAAUUCCCAAGUUGCCUGAUACCCCAAAAGUGCUUAAAAAAUUAGAAACGUUCGUUUUGGUGAAGGUGAAUGAUGAUGAACUGAUUAAACCGUUAUAUGAAUCAUUAGCAUUGAUUUGUGAUGAUAUACUAAAUAUGGAUUUGCAAUUUAUUUCACAUCAAUAUCCUCAGUUAUUACCGGAAUUUAUCAGUGCCCAAAAACGGUUAGAAAAUUUAUCGAUUGCUCAUAGUGAACUUCCUAUCCCGAUGUUUUGUGCUAUUAUUAGUCAAAAAGAAACUUUAGAGAGUCUUCGUUUAAAAUCAGUAAAUUUUCAUCAACUCGAGGGAGAAUCGUCACCAACUGGAGAAUUCGUUUCACUUCAAAAGCUUUAUAUUGCGAAUUGUACUGGAUUGGAUAAUUCGAAUUGUUUAUCUUUGGCUUCAUCCUUUACGCAAUUAAGUAAUUUUCAUUGUUAUCAUUCACUAUAUAAUAGUAUUAGUUAUCCUCAAGAAUUUAUUAUAAAAAUUCUCGAAACGGCCAAUGCAAAUUUGAAGCAUAUUUUUUUAAAUUUAUAUCUCCCAAUUCCAUCUGAUAUAUUUACAGCAAUUUUAAAUUCUUGUACAAUGGUUACCAAAUUAACUUUGCAUGAUAUAAGUAUUGAACAAGUAAUAGCAAUAUUUAAUAAUAAUUUUAAUGAAUUAACGAGAUUUUCAUUUGAUUAUAAUGGAUUGGAUGCUAAUAAAUUAUUAUGUCAAAUGGCUGAAAGUGUACCAGUAUCACUUGAAACUCUUGUAAUUAGAAUGGGAAUAUUUAAUGCUGAUAGCUUAAGAAAAUUUUUUGAAGGGUGGUGUUGUGAAGGAGGAGCGGGGAAUAAAAAGAUUAUUGUAAAACGUACUGAACAAGCACGACUAUUUAAAUUAAGUGAUGAACAUCUUGAAGUUAUUGAAGAAUAUGGAAUCCCAAAUCAAUUGCUCCAAACUCACAACAGUUCCUGA